AUGAGGUUUACACAAAGAAUUUUAUCUUUUGCAACUUCUUUCGGCCAUUAUUCCAUACAGGUGGUGGGCAGCACUGAAUAUCUACCACCGUUUCGCUGCAAUCUGCUCUCGUUGACCCAUUCGGCAACCCUUCCUGAAGACGCAUUUGCAUCCAUGGCGUCUGCUGCCACCGCUGCUUCCGGCUACUCAUUUGGUCGUGAUCUGACUGUCUCUGACUCCACUCCCAACAUCACUGGUCAGAAUACCACUAGCAUCCAGACGACGAAAUCACUGAGUGGCAGUGUCUCAGCUUCGGCGACAGGACUGGCUGGGAUCCCGGCCAACAACACAAGUGCCACUACAGUGGCAGACGCGUCGGGCUGUUUGCUGCUCACCGUCACCAUGAAGCCGCCCUCACCAAGCCUCAGCCAGGCCGAAUCGCUGGCCUGUAGUCUAACUGGACUAGGCGGGCUUGGUUCAACUUCAUUGUCUCCUACAACAAUUGCCGUAAGCACCGGUACCACGACAAGUCGUAUUAAAGUGGCAUCGGGCACCUUGGUGGCCGGUGGACCCUGGGCCGGUACUAGUAGUGGCGUUGAGACACCGGGAGGAGCUUCCACUGGGGCCAGGGUUGGCCAAUGGCUCAACGGACCUUCUUUAUCCCGGAUCAUUGUCGGACACGGGCUUCAACAGCAGCAGCAGCCACAACAACAGCAUCUGGAACUUGGCGAAAUUUGUAGUAGCCAGUCCGGCAGCAUCAUUAGUGAGGCACUAGCUGACGGCCUAGAAGCAGGCCUCGAACUUGAAUCACUCCACGGCAGCAGCAGCUGCUGCAGCACAGCGUAUGCUUUGGCCACACCGGCAGCUUCAGUGAACUCGACCACUUGCUCAAAUGUACAAGCACUGAAUGGUCCGUCUGGUUGGCAGCAGGGGAGUGGCAGCUUUGUUAUGGUAUCACCAGACACUCCAGGUUUAGAUAGCUCGACUAGCGGUGGUAGAUUGCAAACUGAGGCGGAGUAUGUCAUAGAAUCGGUAAGAUAUUGGCCGUAA